AAGGCACAACGCGACGGCCGACUCAUAGACAGCACUGGCACACGACGUCGACAGCUUCGCUGCAAGGAAGGUGUUCUUCAAGAAGGUGCAGGAUGCCCGGGAGCUCAACGUCAAACGCCAAAAAGGGUCUUCUGGAGCGUCUUCAGGAUGGCGUGGUGAUCGGCGACGGAGGCAUGAUGUCGGAAAUGUGCAGACGAGGAUACGCGAUUACCGGCAUAUGGACGCCCGAGGUGUGUGUCCAGCACCCGUCAGCAGUGCGAGAGCUGCACCGGGAGUUUGCCAGGGCAGGCGCCGGCGUGCUUCAGGCGCUCAACUUCUACUCCAACGACCAGAAGAUGAAAGAGCGCGGCCUCGACUGCACCGUGGAGGAGAUCAACCGCGCGGCGUGCAGGCUGGCUCGGGAGGUGGCGGAGGAGGGCGACCAGCUCAUCUCGGCCUCCCUGACAGCCACACCCGUGUUCGAGAGCGGCGCCUCGGACGAUGACGUCAUUGCCGACUACAAACAACAGCUGAAACCCAUCAUGGAAGAAGGCGUGGACUUCAUCGUUUGUGAGUGGCUGUUUGACAUCCGUGAAAUGGAGCUGGCGAUUGCGGCCGGCCGCAGCACCGGCCUGCCGGUGGUCGCCUGUAUGACGAUCGGCACGCGCGGCGACCGCAACGGCGUGUCGCCCGAACAGUGCGCGCUGAGGAUGGCCAGCGCAGGCGCCGACGUCGUUGGUAUGAACUGCGCGGUGGGUCCACGUAACGCUCUGGCCACGAUUCGGCGCAUGCGGCUCGCUCUGGAAUCGGCCGGCCUGAGCCGCCCGCUGAUCGUUCAGCCUAACGGUCUGAAGACACCCGACGACGGGACGGAGGCACACCACCUGCCCGGCUGGCCCCUCGCCAUGGAGCCGCACGUCAUGAACCGGCUCGAGGCGAGGGCCUUCGCUCGCGAGGCCUACAAGGAAGGCGUGCGCUACAUCGGCGGCUGCUGCUACAGUACCGUUUACCACAUCAGGGCGAUGGCCGAGGAACUGCAGGAGGAAGCCGGCGGUGUCGCGCCUCUGGCCUCGCACAGCGGCGGCUGGGCCCCGGAGCUCGCCAAUAACGACGACCCGGAGGUGGCAAAGAG